AUGCCUCAAUUGAAGCAGAUUUCCUGCUGUGUGCAGUGGUCUGAUACAAAUGCGUCGUUUCAAGAACAUGGAGCUGUAUACGGCGACGGUGUGGUCGAGUCUUUCAUAAUCGUGCCAAACAAACCACAGCGUUUCUGCUUACGGUUGACUUCGCGAGGCUAUAUCUAUGAGGGACUUGCCAUGAUCAUUUUCAUCGACGGCCAAUAUCAGUGCAACCGUACCCGCGUCAAUUUGCUGCCUCCAAAGAAAGACCGGCCUGCCAACAGAACUGAAGUCGACUUCUUGGUACGCCAGAAAGAGAAACCACAGGGAGAUGGGGUUUACAUGGGUCGUGAGUGGCGGUUUGACAACCACAACAUUGUGGCGGAAGUGCCUGAAGGGUUCCAGGAAAGUCAUUUCGACGAUCUUGGCACCAUUGAAGUGCUAGUCUUGCGAUGUCGAGCAGUCAACAACGAGGAGAAGGACUACGAGGGUUCAUCGUCAGGCGAAGACAGCGAUGUAUUUGGCGGUCAUCCUGUCAGAGAGGAAGGCGACGAGAUGAAACCGCCAGAAGACUCCAAAACCUCCACCACGGACGGAAAAAAUGCGGUACCAGCACCAGUAGAAGACGAGCAGAUAGGGGUCUUUGGUCUGGGUCUCUUUGACGGCGCAAACGACUAUCAUGAGCCUUACAACAGAGAUGGUGGUCAUGAUGGACAAGAUGAGGGUCAAUGGGUGUGGCAUCAACGUCAAGUGCCUCCUGAAUUUCAUGCACCUCAAAACCACCACUAUCAACAAGCUCACCCGUUUCCCCUAUCAGCUGCCGGCCCUCCUCCAUGUUUUGCUCCAGUCUAUGGCCAUUAUGAUCACUCAAACACCUCCAUACCAAGUGCAAAGCGUGUACAUUGGGACUACGGCCCUCCAGGUCAGCCUAUAGACCAGGCUAGUAGUGCUCAACGUCUGAGAGAGCCAUCGAUGUGGGAUCGUCGACCCUCGGUGAGGCCGUCGUCGAGAGAGCGAAUGCGCGCGACAGAAAGAAGACCUUCAAAUAGCUCAAGACGUCCUACAGGCCCUCCAUAUCCCCCACAAAACGUCAAUCCUAGCAACAGUCAGCAAAGUGGUCGACACUGGCAAGACGCACGUCUCCCUAUUUAUGAAGAACCUAAUUCGAGGUAUCGUGACGGUGCCAGACCGUCGUGGGACAACAACAACCGUAAUUCGAGUUGGUAUCAAGAUGCAAAUCGCCCUAGGUGGGGCUACGGGGGUGGCUCUUCUGGUCCACACGACAAUCGUCCUGCAUCUCCACGACAUCAGAGAGAGCCCUGGCAGACUUCUGCUUCUUACCAACGAAGUCCACCUCCUGAACCCCUACCGACACUCAACCAGCCUGUACCUGCACCUCCACAAUAUCAAUUUCAACAUACAUUGCCUGAAUAUACUAUGCCGCACAUUGCAGCCCACCAACCGAGCUAUCCUUUGCAUUCUGUCACCAUGUCUGGCUCUACAGGCUAUCCGUCGACGCUAGCUCCUCAGCCUCCGCAGCAGUGGCCAAUGUAUUAUUCAGGACUACCAGCACUGUAUACGCAUCCUUACUAUGCAAUGCAUGCAGCGUCACAAGUUCCAGGGGGUCCUCAGCUCGUGCCUCCUCCCCCACCUGUUAUGGACGAGCAUAUCAGUCCCAAGAAUACGACAUUCAAUGCUUUUCCCAAUCAAGAUUCACAAAACAACCCAGACGGUUGGGGCGAUACCGGGAACGGUCAAGAUACGAAUAAUGCAGGUGAUAGCUGGAAUCAGGACAACGGAGGCAACGACGAUGGUUGGGGUAAUGCUGAUGAUAAUGGAAAUCAGAUCGACGAUAAUGGGCAGAACGAUAAUAAUGCCAAUUGGGACGGUAACAACAACGAUCAACAAACUGACAACAACACUGGUGGUGACUGGGAAAAUGGUGGCAAUGAUGACAAUAAUGGUGGCGACAGCUGGAAUGACAAUAGUGGUAAUAAUGGAAACGAUAAUACGGGUUGGGACAAUCAGCCGACGAACAACAACAAUGCUAACACUUCCUGGGACAAUCAAGCAACAAAUAAUGGCGCAUCUACUCCUCAGCAGGACUGGAACGACGGGAAUCAGAACGGUGAACCAAUUUCCUCCGAGGUACCUGAAGUUCCCAGCUUUCCGAAAGAGCUAUAUGGUCCUCACGGCCCUUACUAUGCUUACAGAACGUUGCGACCUGACGACCCCAAACCUGAUGCUGAAGAAGAGCCUAGAUACGACGUUCCGAAGAUGUUGGCAGCAGAAAGGAGAUCGACGAAGCAAGUUCAACCAGGGCCAGGAUAUAGGUACUUCAAGAAGCGACUUGUUCCAGAAUACAUCGACUCAUUCGACACACCAUAUGCUCGGUUUGUGUUCAAGUAUCGGACAAAAGAACAGCUAGUCGAUGAGAUUGGAAUCGAGGUCGAUGUCGAGCCCUCGGGCGACCAAGAAGUUCGAGACCUUCAAGAUCUCGACAAGCAAGCACUGAUCGAGAUGCUUUUGCGAGCCAAAGGUGCCUUAGGAGGCAGGGUUCCGAGUCCCCCUCUUCCUCCAUGUAUGCCUGCAAGUGGCAGUGACACCAGCCUGCCAGUCGCUAUCGAUGCCCCGAAGUACAAUUACCUUAAAUAUAGCCUUCCACCAUUGCGACCGAGCAACUUUAAGCAUAAUAGUCCUUCUCCUGCUGGAUCUGUGGCCGGAAGCAAAGGCAGUAAUGAAAACAAAGAGAACGAUACAGGAACACAGAACACCAACAUCACUGGCGAGUGGCAAGCAUCUAAUAACGAUAGCUGGAACGCUCCGCGAUAUAAUCCUCGACAAUCCCAGCAGGCUGGCCAGUCGAAUUCAGCCCAGCCACGACAAGAUUCCGCUACAGGAUCUAGGGGAUCCAAAGGUGGAACCUGGGACAUACCAGAUGAUGUACCACCACUACCUCCUGCACCAGAUACAGGUGGUCAGGACAGCUGGGCAAACAACGAUGCAGGCAAUGGAAAUGUUUCAGCUGAUGGAAUGAAGUGGUAA